AUGGCUAUUCCAGACCUCGUCGAACCUGAGACGAGGCCAGUUGACCCGACGAUACUAUUGCAAACAUGGGUGGUGGAUCCAGAGAUCCGGGUCAGAGAUAAUCCAGAAAAGAUGGCCGAGACCUCGAUUGCGGCGAGUCCAUCGGCCGCGGGUAAAAGAGAAUGA